UAGUGUGUUCGCUGUCUGUGAGCGGCGGUAUUGAAAGUGAACUGAGUGUAUGGGUGGACCGCUGCAGCUCUCGGUACUCACUGACACGCAGCUGCAGAGAGCUGCAGGAUGGCUGGGAGCUUCUUCGCAGAGUGUUUUUCCUCAUUAUUCGACUAUAAAACGCAAAAAUACUAUGUCACCAAAAACAGGAAAGUUGGGGUCUUGUACAGAGUUAUUCAGUUAUCUAUCAUCGGUUACCUUAUUGGGUGGGUUUUCUUAAGCAAGAAAGGUUACCAGGAAACGGAUGAGUCCAUACAGAGCACUGUCUUAACUAAACUGAAGGGAGUCUCUGUGACCAACACCACUGAGUCUGGUCUGCUGGUGUGGGGACCAGAGGACUAUGUCAUCCCACCACAGGGUGAAGCUGUUCUGUUCAUUGUGACCAAUUUCUUAGAGACGCCAAACCAGAAGCUGAAAUACUGUGCAGAGAGCCCCAAAGUACUGGAUGGCCGCUGUCGAAACGACAGCGACUGUAAGGAGGGAAAGAUGGUAGUGGCUGGCCACGGAAUUAUGAGUGGCCGCUGCUUAAAAGAAGACGGCAACUUAACUGGUACCUGUGAAAUCUACGGCUGGUGUCCCGUUGAAAGAAUAUUCAAACCGCAAGGGCCUAUGCUGACUAAUGCUGAAAACUUCACCAUUUACAUCAAGAAUUUUGUCCAGUUUCCCAAAUUCAAAUUUUCAAAGUCCAAUGUUCUUGAAACAACCAAUAAAUCCUAUUUGAAGAGAUGCCGAUAUGAUGAGAAGCGCCACCCGUACUGCCCCAUCUUUCGCCUGGGAAACAUCGCCCAGCGAGCUGGACACAACUUCCUGAACAUGGCCACGUUUGGUGGCUCUAUUGGGAUAAUGAUACGUUGGGACUGUGACCUGGACAAAGGCUUCUCUAACUGCCAUCCACAGUACUACUUCAGUCGCCUGGACAUCAGUACCAAUGAGACCAUUGCAACAGGAUUCAACUUCAGACACACUCGGUAUUUUAAAAACGCUGCUGGUGAGAGCUAUCGAUCUCUAUACAAAGUCUAUGGCGUCCGAUUUCACAUCAUGGUGUAUGGAAAGGCUGGGAAGUUCAGCAUCGUCCCAACAGCCAUCAGUGUUGGUUCAGGACUGGCUUUGAUGGGUGCUGGAGCUUUCUUCUGUGAUCUUGUCCUUCUCUACCUAAUGAAGAAGGGCAAGUUUUACCGAGAACGCAAGUAUGAAGAAUCCAGAGUCUGAUUUUUCGCAAAUAUUGGCCUCCACCAUAGAAGUCCACAGAGGUAAAAAACCAACAUCUGAAGAAAACACUGUGCAGCAUAGAAAGGCUGCCAUGGAGCAGGAGAAUCUGACGUGAGUUUGCAACGUGCCCUUGAGUUUGUAGAGUGUCCUUUUCUGUUUUAGUGUAACAGUAAAUGUAACUGCAAUGCUAUGUAUAAAAUGGUAGCAUUGCAAAACUUUGGAAAUGAUAAUUGCGAUAAUUAUAACAAUCAUGAACAGAUAUUAAUUUAACUUUACACCACCUUUAGCCGUUAAACCUGUUUUAGCAAUGUUGUCUGUUUUUUUUAACUAAAUGACUGUGAACUUUUAUUAAAAAAAAAAGAUUAACCUUUGUGUUGUACUUUUAAAACAUAUGGAAUGCUGUCAGGAAUCAAGAUAGGACACAAGAGCCUUUUAGUGAUCCUAUGAAUUUCAUCACUCCUUUUCAUUUGACAACAAUUUCAUUUCUUUCAUUUCUUUCAUUGCUACCUCAGAUUUAAAGAAGAGUCUCCAUUCAAACCUCAUCCCCUCUCUUUUUACUAGGAAUCAAUUUCAAUAUUUUUUAAGGAAAUACAGACUUCCCAUAUGGUCAUCACAACAUACUGCGUAAAGAUCUUAAUUCUGGUUUCUGAUUGGACAGAAGGACAUUUUUGUAAGUCACAUUUAGUGCCUCACCUUAAAGAGGUGGUGUAACAGGAAUGGUGACUCUGAUACACUGACUGUAACAAGGUUUAUACUGAUGACUCUGUGUACUUUGUGACAUCUUUGUUUAGAGUAGCUGUUUUCUACUCAGUGGCUCAGUCACACCGCACUGGUUUGGUUCUUUGUCUUUUUGUGGGUGAGAUGAGUCAUUCAUGUUUGCAGAAGUUCUCAUUGAACUAUCACAUGCCAGGAUAAUAUUUGACCACUUUGUUUUAAUGAUAACGAUAAUGACAAACAAUCUCCACACAGAAAAGUUAGCAUUUUACAUGCAGGAUGCAAGUCUUCAAAGGUGCUAUGUGUAAGUUUUCUCUGCCGCCCAGCAUGGUUCCUUGCAGGGAGUUGGGUGGUGGUGGUGAUAACAGUUGCUUGCCAAGAGCUUCAGCCAUUGUUGCAUUUACAAAACAAGAGGUUAUAAUGCAGCAUUGCUACAUCUUCACCCUCUCAUGCUGGCAGACUGGACCCCACAGUGAUUCACUGUCAAAAAACUUAUAUAUAGCACCUUUAAUCACUUUGCUUUCCUUAAUAAUUACAUUUUUUCCUGCUUGUUUUGCAAUGACUGAUAAUUCCUGUAAGUGGAAUAUACCUCAUUUGUAAAUAAUGCUUCAAGUGUCAAGUUUCUGUCAAUGUGUGUUGCAUCAUUUGUGUGAUUUUGUUCUGUUUUGUCAGUUUACCAACUAAACUUUUAUUUAUUUAUGGAUACAGAUGAAAAUCUCUGCCUGUAACCUGAGUAAAUGUGCUGAUAAAGAUUUGAAUUUUUUUUUUUUUU